UCCCUCUUCGCCGCCGCUGGAAGCUCAGUUGACCAGCGUCGCAACUGGGCGAUGCGCCUCCAAGCAGAUCCUCUACCUUCCUGGAUUUGACAUUCCCAUCGCUGCCUGCAUCCUCACAUCUGAGUGACAUUCAGCUGUCAGUGAUUUCCUCAGCUUGCGUCAGUCUAAUUUUGACAGAAAACUAUUCACAAGACAAGGUUUUCGGCUGUAUAUCCGAAAACUGACCACUCGCAACAGGCAUUUUAUUCCCUCUUGAACGAUCCCCUGUGGGAGGAUUUGCUUUCAAAAUAUUUUAAUUUGAAACCAGCCAGAGACAGCUGAUAACUUGAUCGGAGAUGGUUCAGGAAACGCCGGACAAACUCGCUUGAUUUGGGUGAUUUUUGUCCUCAGUUUGUGUCUAUUGGAGGCUCGAAAGCAUCUUCAGACAGACCGCAGGGAGCAGAGGAGGCUGUUACACCGUCUACAGGCUGUUGUAAGGUGGGCAGGAGCAACCAGCAGCCAUGCUGUCAUUGGACGAGCCGCUGGACUUGAAGCUUCCCUCAGGACGGACAGAUGGUCCACUCAGAUUAGGAAAGAGGGCUUGUCCCUCCUCUAUCUGCGCCCCUCUCAGCGUCACACGACCACGUCUGCUGUGCACAACCUUUCCGUCUCCACCCUCCUCCCCAGAGUCCCAGACUUCCCCUCAAGAGCGACCCGGGUCCUGCUUCAGUCCUCCAGCCAUGGACCUCAGCCUGUCACCCUCCUCCCGCCAUGCCUCCUCCCUCUCCCCGUCUCCUUCCUCCCCUUCCUCCCCCUUCCCCUCCUCCCCCCUGGAGUCCCCUCACAGCAGCAGAAGCCCUCAGCCACAUCUCUUCUCACGGGAACCAGCUCGUCAUCCAGGUCUGGAGGGCGGCGCUUCACCAAAGGGUUAUCCAUUUUAUCUGCCGAUUGGCAGCCCACCGAGGGCGUACAGCUUUCCCUCCUCUAUCUUCAUCAGUCCGAACAGAGAGAAGCAAGUUUCACCAGAGCCCUCAUUGGACGGUCAGCUGGCCUGCCGUUGGAUGAAGUGCCACCUGCUGUUCGACUCGCUGCAGGACUUGGUGGAUCACAUCAACGACUUCCACGUCAAGCCUGACAAGGACUCUGGAUACUGCUGUCAGUGGGAGGGCUGUGCUCGAAACGGCAGGGGCUUUAAUGCCAGGUAUAAAAUGCUGAUUCAUAUCCGCACACACACCAAUGAGAAGCCGCACCAUUGUCCCACCUGUAACAAGAGCUUCUCACGACUGGAGAACCUGAAGAUACACACCCGCUCACACACAGGAGAAAAACCCUACAUCUGCCCCUAUGAAGGCUGCAGCAAACGCUACUCCAACUCUAGCGACCGCUUCAAACACACCCGCACCCACUACGUUGACAAGCCAUACUACUGCAAGAUGGCAGGCUGCCUGAAGCGCUACACAGAUCCCAGCUCGUUACGUAAGCACAUCAAAGCCCAUGGGCACUUUGUUGCCCAGGAGCACGGUGCUCCGAGCAGGCUGGGGGCGGGGCUAGGCCUCGCCGGGCACCAGAGUGCAGCUGAGCAGCCCUCCGUAGGCGGGGCCCACAUCCUCAUCCCUGGGGCUGCUGCAGCUCUUCUUGGAGGCCUGGGGACCUCUUUGCCUCUCUCUGCUUUCUGCCACGCCAGAGCCCUGGGCCACCACAGGGCACCUCUCUUCUCCAUGGGCGGAGGGAGCGGCAUGGGGCCGCUCAGCCUCUCAGACUCUCCUCUGCUACACUUUGGACUUUCAGCUGCAUCAGUGUUGGGGCUGGGAGCACUUGGAGGUCUGGGACGGAUGGCAGGGAAGGAGACAGAAGGCGAAGAGGAGGAGGAGGACGGAGAGGAGGGGGAGGUGCUGAACCUGUCUGCAGGAGUGGGGCACAGACGAAGUGACCCUUUGUCCUGGGUGGUUGUUCCCCCGAGGGCACUCCUCCUCAAACCAGCUGUUGUCAGCUAAGGUGUGCACUCAGCGAUGCAUAGAACCAGGGAGUGUGUGUUUUUCUGUGUCCAUGGUUACACACAUGUAUGUCUGUCUGUGUCCAUUCACAGGCAUACGUGCAUGUGUAUGAUGAGUGUGUGUGUGUGUGUGUGUGUGUG